UUCUUUUCUGUAAUAUUUGUCAUUUUCUCUGAGAAUUUAGAAAUAUCUUUUGUGUAAACAAAGCAUAUUCUGUUCUGUAUCGCUCUUUUCAUUAAAUACCUUCCACUUUCAGUCUUUCCCAUAUUCACUACUUUGCAAAAAGCUUUAAUCUUGGACUGGUUAAAAUGAGCAUGGAAACUAGUAGCGCAAAAUUCAAUGGUAAUAUAAGUGAUGUGUCAGCUGUUGCUCAACCACUGGCUGAAGAACCAACUGAGAUUGCAUCUAACAUCAAGUAUCAUGCUCGUUAUACUCCUCAUUUUUCUCCUUCCAAGUUUGAGCCUGAACAAGCAUACUAUGCUACUGCUGACAGUGUUCGUGAUCGCUUAAUCAAUCAAUGGAAUGACACCUAUCUUCAUUAUGACAAAGUUAAUCCAAAGCAAACAUACUACNUGUGUGAAAAAGAUGCAGCAUUAGGAAAUGGUGGUUUAGGAAGGCUUGCUUCAUGCUUUCUUGAUUCCAUGGCCACAUUAAACUUGCCAGCAUGGGGUUAUGGCUUGAGGUACAAAUAUGGACUUUUUAAGCAGAUUAUCACCAAGGCUGGGCAAGAAGAAGUUGCUGAAGAUUGGUUGGAGAAAUUUAGUCCCUGGGAAGUUGUAAGACAUGAUGUUGUCUUUCCUGUCAGGUUUUUUGGUGAUGUUGAGGUCCACCCUUCUGGCUCGCGAAAAUGGGUUGGUGGAGAGGUCAUACAGGCUAUUGCAUAUGAUGUACCAAUUCCAGGAUACAGAACUAAAAACACUAAUAGUCUUCGUCUCUGGGAUGCCAAAGCCAGCUCUGAGGAUCUCAACUUAUUUCAGUUUAAUGAUGGACAGUAUGAAUCUGCUGCACAGCUUCAUUCUAGGGCUCAGCAGAUUUGUGCUGUUCUUUACCCUGGGGAUGCUACAGAGAAUGGAAAACUAUUACGACUAAAGCAACAAUUUUUGCUUUGCAGUGCAUCGCUUCAGGAUAUUAUUGCCAGAUUCAAAGAGAGAGAAGAUGGAAAGGGAGCUCACCAUUGGUCUGAAUUUCCCAAGAAGGUCGCAAUACAACUAAAUGACACACAUCCAACUCUUGCAAUACCAGAGCUGAUGCGGUUAUUAAUGGAUGAUGAAGGACUUGGGUGGGAUGAAGCUUGGGGUAUUACUACGAGGGCAAUUGCCUACACAAAUCAUACAGUCCUACCUGAAGCACUGGAGAAAUGGUCGCAAGCAGUCAUGUGGAAACUCCUACCUCGACAUAUGGAAAUCAUUGAAGAAAUUGAUAGACGGUUUGUUGCUUCAGUACAGUCAGAAAGACCCGAUCUUGAGAAUAAGAUUCCUAGCAUGCGCAUUUUGGAUCACAAUGCACAGAAGCCUGUUGUGCGUAUGGCUAACUUGUGUGUUGUCUCUUCGCAUACGGUGAAUGGUGUUGCUAAGCUGCACAGUGACAUCCUCAAGGCUGAGUUAUUUGCUGAUUAUGUCUCUGUAUGGCCCACCAAGUUCCAGAAUAAGACCAAUGGUAUAACUCCCCGUAGAUGGAUCCAUUUUUGUAGUCCAGAGCUGAGUAAUAUAAUCACCAAGUGGUUAAAAACAGAUCAGUGGGUGACGAACCUCGAACUGCUUGCUAAUCUUCGGGAGUUUGCUGACAAUGCAGAACUCCAUGCUGAAUGGGAAUCGGCUAAGAUGGCCAACAAGCAGCGUUUGGCACAGUAUGUUCUGCGAGUGACAGGUGUGAGCAUUGACCCAGAUACCCUUUUUGACAUACAAGUCAAGCGUAUUCAUGAAUACAAAAGGCAGCUUCUUAAUGUUCUGGGUGUCGUCUACAGAUACAAGAGGCUGAAGGAAAUGAGCCCACAAGAGCGGAAUAAUACGACUCCUCGCACGGUCAUGAUUGGAGGAAAAGCAUUUGCAACAUAUACAAAUGCAAAAAGAAUUGUAAAGCUGGUGACUGAUGUUGGCGACGUUAUCAACAGUGACCCUGACAUCAAUAAUUAUUUGAAGGUGGUAUUCGUUCCCAAUUAUAAUGUAUCAGUGGCAGAGAUGCUUAUUCCGGGAAGUGAGCUAUCACAACACAUCAGUACUGCAGGCAUGGAAGCAAGUGGAACAAGCAACAUGAAAUUUGCACUUAAUGGAUGCCUUAUUAUAGGGACACUAGAUGGAGCCAAUGUGGAAAUCAGGGAGGAAAUUGGAGAAGAAAACUUCUUUCUUUUUGGUGCAACAGCUGAUGAAGUUCCCCGACUGCGGAAAGAACGAGAGGAUGGACUGUUCAAACCUGAUCCUCGGUUUGAAGAGGCCAAGCAAUUUAUAAGGAGUGGAGCAUUUGGGACCUAUGAUUAUAAUCCUCUCCUUGAGUCGCUAGAAGGGAACUCUGGCUAUGGUCGUGGUGACUAUUUUCUUGUUGGCCAUGAUUUUCCGAGCUACAUGGAUGCUCAGGCAAGAGUAGAUGAAGCUUACAAGGACAGGAGAAGAUGGAUAAAGAUGUCUAUACUGAGCACCGCUGGGAGUGGCAAAUUUAGUAGUGACCGUACAAUUUCUCAAUAUGCAAAAGAGAUCUGGAAUAUUGCAGAGUGCCGCGUACCUUAACUGCAUUAGCGGCACUUCCGAUCCUGGUGUUUAUAUGGAUUUAAUAUUCAUCAUUAAAUAGUACUAGAAUAUGAAAAAUUGUUAGUUCAAGCAGCAUUCUGAAGUAUCUUAUUGCAUACUCGAUAUACUGCUAACUAGCAGGUAUUAGCUACUUAUCUUUAUUGAAUAUAUACGCAUUCGAUUGCUACUUAUGUCUGCA